AAUGAUUUUGAAGACAAAGAAAGUGUGGAAACUGAGAAUGGCAUGACGCAGGGAGAUAAGCUUAAUGCCUUAAAAAGUCGGAGACGGACAUGUUCUGCUACAACUGGAGCUCUGAGGCUGCAAGAUAGGAAACUGCACACCAGGUCAAUAUCACAACCUUUCAGACUGAAUACUUCAGGUAGCAUAGAAGGAUCCGUAUCUCCUCUGAAGGCCUCCAAAGGGAUGACAGUUAACUCACCAUCCGCAGAAAGAAUAAGCAGAAUUCCCACGUCCUCAGGCUCCAACCUCAAAAGCUUUUCCAUAAACUCCAGACUAGCCAGUUCUCUAGGGAACCUGUAUACUGCUUCAGAUGAUGAUGAUGAUGAUGAGAGCAAAAUGACAUCAUCGUCCUCUAGGACAGGUUUUUCUGUAAGCCAUAUCUCCAGCCACUUGAACGGCAGCUUACAGCUGCCUCACAGAAAUAACCAUGAACUGAACAACAACUUAUACAACAGAAACAGCAGUAGUGGCGGCAACCUGAGCAGCCAAGCCAGUUUUCACAGCGCCGUGACAGAUGAGUACGCAUCAACCUUCCUUUAUGGGCCUUACAACUCCUCCGGCAUGAUACCAAAGUGA